ACAUUCCACAAUGCAAAUAGUCGGAGAAUGCCUGUGGAGGCAGACAGUUGAUCAUCAGCAGCCGCUACAAUCGGUGCUCUAUCAGCUAAUUGUCCGGAGUGGUUUUUUUCCUGAUACAACAUCUCUGUGAUUUUAGAGUGAAGAGAAAACAGCAAAUCAGUGUUUAAUUUCUUCUCUCUCGGCAAAUGGGAAAAGUGUUGUGAAAAGUUCCUCUGAAAACCAACAAAUAGUUUUCGUGGAAAUCAUGAAGGAAUAUAUUCUUAAAUUACUUCUCAUCAUCCUAAAAACCUGCUACUAUAUCAGUGAUCCAUUCUACCGAAUCUAUGUUGGGCUAUUCUAUUCGCGCAAUGCCAAAAACAGGCUCCCAAAGUUUUCAAAUAAAUUACUCGAAAUCCCUGCAAUUGAUCUUGCGGAUAAAAUUCGAUCGCAAGAGAUCAAGUCGGAGGAUGCAGUUGCGGCGUAUAUUGAGCGAAUAGGUGCUGUGAAUCCCUUCAUCAAUGCCAUCGUCGAGAGUGGCUUCCCGCAGGCACUGACCCUCGCAAAAAAGGCGGACAAGAUGUGCCAAGAAACUCCCGCGGAAGAGCUCAAGCUCACCUAUCCCCUCCUCGGUGUUCCAUUUACAGUUAAGGAAAGUUGUCGCCUGAGGAACUUCCUCUGCACACAGGGAAGCCUGCUAAGAGCAAAGUAUCGGAGUACGGAGAAUGGAGAAGUUGUGGGACGUCUCCUGGAUGCUGGAGCUAUUCCACUUCUCGUCUCCAACACACCGGAAUUCUGCUUCAACUGGGAAUCUUUUAACUAUGUCACUGGACGCACCCUUAAUCCCUACAAUGCACAGAGGAGCUCAGGAGGAUCAUCUGGGGGAGAGGGAGCUCUUCUCGGAUCGGGAGCUUCCCUUUUUGGUGUGGGAUCAGACAUUGCAGGAUCCAUAAGGAUACCAUCGCUCUUUAAUGGUGUCUUCGGGCACAAACCCACACGUCGCGUGGUUUCAAUUGCCGGCCAUGCACCCUUCCCUCGAGAUCCCAUUGGAGCUGACUACCUAGUCAUUGGACCCAUGUGUCGCUACGCCAAGGAUCUCCCACUUCUUCUGCACAUCAUGGCUGGACCAAAUGCCGCCCAAUUGAAUCUCCUAGAACCAAUCUCAUGGAAGGACAUCAAAGUCUUUCACUUUGAAGAAAUCAAAGGACCCCUCAUUGUACCCCUAACAGAGGACACACGCACCAACUUCCGCAGAGUUGUGCAUCAUUUUGAGGAAAUUGGAAGUCGAACAACACCUUUAAACUUAGACCUGACGAAAGCAAUUGAAAUCUCCCUGUCCCACUUGACAAAUGUUCCGGCUGUUUACGUUACAUCAGACCCACUGAAUCCUGACUUCUGCAAGAGCAUUUACUGGGAACUUCUAUUGUCUAUGAUUGGAAAAUCUCAAUUCACCUUCGCCGCAUUGGUGUUCAAUCUAAUUGUCGACCAGAAGGGAUUUAUCGGGGAACGAGACAACCUUCGCUACAGAAUGCUAGGAGAUCAAAUUAAGAGUCAUCUGAUUGAUGUUUUGGGUACUGAUGGGGUUCUCGUGAUCCCUACAUGCUCAACAACUGCUUGGCGGCACUACGAGUACGCCGUGAAUCUCAGUUCUCUGGCCUAUGUGAUCAUCUUCAAUGCCCUCGGUUUGCCAUCAACGCACGUUCCUACGGGACUCUCCCCAGAUGGCCUCCCCAUGGGCGUUCAAGUGGUUGCAGCACCGCAUCAAGAUCGUCUCUGCCUUGCAAUGGCCAAACAUCUUGAAGAGGCUUUCGGUGGAUGGACACCACCCCCGUAGAAGGCCCCUUUGACGCUGGACAACAUGUCAGCAAUACACCAAAGAUUCCCAUUCAAGUCUGGCUGAAUCAUUUAUCUGGCAUUUUUAUUAUCAUCUCUCUAGUUACAGUAAAUAGUAAAUAUAUAAUUAAAAUUUCUCCUUCGCAUCUUUUUCAUUUUUUUUUUCACUUAAAAUUAUAUAUAAUUUAUCGAUCGAAAAAUAGGAGACAAUAAAUUGAAUUUAUAAAAUUAAGAAAA